CGAGAGCGAAUCGGUUUGAAUUUCGAUAGAAAAUAUAUUAGAAAACCGCGCAAUGUUAUCGAAAUUGAUUCUCCGCAGAGGACUAUAUAAGCCAGCAUCGGCUCAGCACUUUCAGUUUUAAGCUUCCAUUCAUUUCAAAGAAUAAUUAUUAAAGAAAGCAACUAUGGGCCCCACAUCCCAGUUUUUGAAAGAGCUUCCUUCACUUGUUGAAUCCUAUGGCGGAAGAGACACCUUGUUGGAGGCGCUCUGUUACGGAGCCAAGCUGGUGGCCGGCUUUCAUGCCAACAGGAAUCCUGACCUGGCUCGAAGGUGUGACACCGCCAGCACCAAGAUCUCGGGGGCCAGAGCCACCCUCCGCCUGAUCGACGAUCUUCCCCAGAUCCAGUAUACCCUGGACUACGGCCUGGGCAGAGACGAACCUGAUCGAAUAACGGCCGUUCUGGGGGUGAUGUCCAAUGCCGUGGACCUUCUGUUUUAUCCCAUCGAAACAGUCUGCUGGCUGGCCGAGCACAAGAUUGUGGAUGUCAGGAACAGGAACACCUGGGCCUACCUCAACUCUAUUUUCUGUGUCCUCUCCGCCUACCUCAACUUCGUGAGGACUAUGAGAAGAUUAUCCCUGAACCGGGAAAGGAUAAACAGACAUGAUGUGGUGUCCGUUGCCCGCCUUCUUCUCGAUUGCAUCCACGCCGUCAACACCUUGCCCAGGGGCAACCUGUGGGGCGGAAGGCUCUCCACCCUCCAGGUGGGAGCUAUUGGAACCCUGUCCGCCGGCCUGGGUAUAUAUCAGAUAAUAACCAGCAGGAAAAGUAGAUCAUAA